AUGGCGGCGCGGGCUUCGUCCAGCCCCAAGAUACCGGUGGGUCGGCUCCGCCCCUCGGCGGCCGAGCGGGGCGGUGGCAGCCGGUGUCGGAGGUGUCCUUGCGGCGAGCGGCAGGGAGCGAUGCUGGCCCGGGUGGCGAAGGCUGCGGCCAGGCCUUGUGGCCUGCUGAAGCCAACAGCUUUAGGCAAGAUCCCUGGCAGAUUCCACCUCCAUCAGGAAGCACUGCCCCAUCUCCCAGUGCCGCCGCUGCAGCAGACACUGGACCGGUACCUGCUGGCUCUGCAGCCCAUCAUCAGCGAGGAGGAGCUGAACCACACACAGGAGCUGGUGGCUGAGUUCUGCAAACCAGGAGGUGUUGGGGAGAGGCUGCAGAGGGGCCUGGAGAGGAGAGCCAAGAAAACAGAGAACUGGCUCUCAGACUGGUGGCUGAAGACAGCUUAUCUGGAAUACCGCCUGCCCGUUGUGGUCCACUCCAGCCCAGGUGUGGUUUUACCCAAGCAAGAUUUUCUGGAUCGACAAGGUCAGCUCAGGUUUGCUGCCAACCUGAUUGAGGGCAUCUUGGAUUUCAAGUCCAUGAUUGACAAUGAGACCCUUCCAGUGGACUACAUGGGUGGGAAGCCCCUCUGCAUGAACCAGUACUACCAUAUCCUCUCAUCCUGCCGCAUUCCUGGGCCCAAGCGAGACAGCAUCGUCAACUACGCCAAAGGCAAGAGCCAGUCCAGACACAUCACAGUGGUUCACAACUUCCAGUUCUUUGAGCUGGAUGUUUACAACAGUGAUGGAAGUCCCCUUACCACUGACCAGAUCUUCGUUCAGCUGGAGAAGAUAUGGAACACCUCCCUCCAAACAAACAAGGAACCUGUUGGGAUCCUCACCACCAACCACCGAAACAGCUGGGCAAAAGCCUACAACAACCUUCUGAAAGAUAAGACCAACAAGGAAUCUGUGCGUGCCAUUGAGAAGAGCAUUUGCACUAUCUGCCUGGAUGCACCUAUGCCACGGGUGUCUGAUGACACCUACAAGAGCUCCGUGGCCGCUCAGAUGCUGCAUGGAGGAGGCAGUCGCUUCAACAGUGGGAACCGAUGGUUCGACAAAACCAUCCAAUUCAUCAUUGCUGAAGAUGGCUCCUGUGGUCUUGUAUAUGAGCAUGCUCCAGCAGAAGGCCCCCCCAUAAUUGCUCUUCUGGAUCACAUUGUGGAAUACACGAAGAAACCCAAGCUGGUAAAAUCACCCAUGACUCCUUUGCCAAUGCCCAAAAAGCUGCGGUUUAACAUCACCCCAGAAAUCAAGAAUGACAUAGAGAAGGCAAAGCAGGACCUCAACAUAUUGGUCGAAGACCUGGAUAUCAAAGUCAUGGUCUUUCAUCAAUUUGGGAAAGACUUCCCCAAGUCAGAGAAGAUAAGUCCUGACGCUUUUAUCCAGUUGGCCUUGCAGCUAGCAUAUUACAGGAUGUAUGGCCGUUCCUGUGCCACCUAUGAGAGCGCAUCCCUGCGGAUGUUCCGCCUGGGCCGCACAGACACCAUCCGCUCCGCUUCUGUGGCCUCCCUCAAGUUUGUGCAGUCAAUGGACAGCCCUGACAAAUCGGACCAGGAGAAAGCCAACUUGCUGAGGAGAGCUGUCCAGGCCCACAGGGAGUACACUGAUAUGGCAGUAAGGGGCAAUGCAAUAGACCGCCACCUCUUAGGCUUGAAGCUUCAAGCUAUCGAGGACCUAGUGAGCAUACCUGAACUGUUCAUGGACACAGCAUAUGCUAUUGCAAUGCACUUCAACCUCUCCACCAGCCAGGUCCCAGCAAAGACAGACUGUGUGAUGUGUUUUGGCCCCGUGGUUCCAGAUGGCUACGGAAUCUGUUAUAACCCUAUGGAUGAACAUAUCAACUUUGCAAUUUCUGCAUUCAACAGCUGCGCUGACACAAACGCAGCCCGCAUGGCACAUUACCUUGAGAAAGCACUGCUAGACAUGAGGGUCUUGCUCCAGUCUGCUCCUAGAUCCAAACUGUAAGAGGCACACAUGAUGCAAAGCCCCCACAUUAAAGGGGCUAUCCCUUAUGCACUGAAUUUCCCAGUUCCUGAUUGAGGGGACACUUUGCACUGGAACCUAUGAAGGCAUCUACCAUUUAUUUUCAGCAAGAGGUUACAGAAUAGUGACCCACAGAUAUUAACUCUGUGGGGAGGCAACAUUGUCUUAAGUUGAACUGACUUGUUCUCUCCCAUCAAUGCAAAGUGCACCUUCCUGUCCUCAAAGAGGACUGACAUAAGAGUUUUAUGGAACUUGCUGUAAAGGAAAGCAGCACAGUCCUUACCAGCAUCCAGACCCACUGCGUGAGGAAGGCAGUUCUCCAAGAAAAGCAGGGAAUGUUUAUUAUAUGAUGGGACUGCUGCAGCAUAAAGUCUUUUUGGUGGUUUAAUCUUCCGAAGAGUGCAAUGUUUUUCAGACUUGACUACAGGUUUUUCUGCUGCUCUAGCACAACUUCCACCAUUGAACUUUGGUAAGGGGAGAAAGAAGCUCUUGAAGUCAGAACAGAUCCAGUCCCAUCAGAGUGCACUGCACUACUUAUCCUAGGCACUCCAACCAUUACAUGUUUUACAAGCCUGGGAAAUGUCCCAUUCCCCUCAGUUUCAGGAUGCUGGGAUGUCCUUUCUGUUGCACUGACCCUAUUUACAACAGAUACCAUUUGCUACAAACUCAGGUGGGCUUUUGUUGUUGUUCUUGCUGUUCUGGGCUAUCUGUUAAGCUUGCUUUGUGGUCCUGGCCAUAGAUCUUCAAGCUCAGUGUAAAGCCUUAUCCCCACAAAGCUCCUAGAAGACCUCUCUCCCCUGUUUUGCUAGCUUUGGCUUUAUGUUCCUUAAUAUCUGCAGAGAUGAGAAGAGAUUGCCCAUGCAUUUAGCAGGCCACUUGCUUCAUUGUACCUUCCUUUGGAAUUGAGGAAAAGAUUUUGCCCUUCUGUUCAGCAGCCAGAGGCCCCAAGCCUUGCUUCCUUCAGGGCACACAUGUUAACACAAUGUGGUUUUAUACCCUGCUUUCAGAAACAAUCUAUUUAUGCAUAAUGAGUUAUAUCUUAGUUGUGGACAAAUAAGAACAUUUCUGACCAGGAGCUCCAGAACAUAACUUCCAUUUCUGGCCACCGAGUUCAAAUCUAUUAGAGCCAAAGGAAAACCAGGUGCAGAAUCCCCACUACUUUCACACCCCUCUGCUUUAACAAGGCAGGGAAGUCUUAGAAAGCAGGAAGCAAGCUGAGAACCUGUGGUCACUGUAGAUGUUUGUGCACUGUGGCAGCCACUAUUCCUGCAGUAACAGUACACCACUCUUGGAGUUCUUCCUUACUGCACCUCACACUUGUGCCAGCUCUGUUCUGUGACAGAACUCAUGAUGGCACUUCCACGUUCAGCUGACAAACUUGAGGCUAUAUUGAGAUUCUCUAGAAACAUACAGUUGCAGCAUAGGAGUUUCUGUAAGCACUGUUUCCAAUGAAUCUACCAGAAUCCAAGCCCCUGACUACUUUUAUUUAGCAAAACCAGAUGGUAACGAGGAAUUCUAGUGCUAUUUCUGCAACAGGAAUUUUACAUUUCAAUUGCACACCCUUCAGCGAGUGGCUGCUGGGACAUCACCCUAAACUAGAAGCAUUAGCAGUCAGAUGGCCUGUUUUGGUAACAGGGAAGUGUUUGAUCGUACUGCUUUCCUGAUCAUAGAACAAGGGACAUGAUCAAAGUGCCUUGGGGAACACACAUAAAGAAAUUUGCACUAAACAUGUUUAAAGUAAGAAAACUCAUUCUAAUUUCCUUCUUGAAAGACACAAACCAACAUAACUGCAUUUUUCUUUUCCGAAAAGGACAUUAUUUCAAAGCUUAUACUUAAAC